AAUGGACUUGAACUAAUUAGAAUGUUUACUCUAGUAAUUAACAGAAGCUAAAGAUUAAAUUAUAAGUAUUUUAAUUCUUUACUCAAAGAGACUGCUAAUUAUUGUUCAGCUUAUCCUGGGAGUGCAUAAUAAAUUGCUUCAAUGAUUGAAAAUGAAUUUACUUAAACAAGAAAAGAUAAGAAAAGAAUAUAUUUAUUUUUAAUACAUCAAAUUAUAUUAGAUGAGAGUUAAUUAAGAAGGUAAGAUAAUCCAUUUCUGAAAGCAUUUGGUGGAAAGCUCAAAAAAUUAUUAGGUGAUUUUUGUAUUGUAGAUGAUAUAAAGGAUUUGGAGAGUGCUUACACAAUGAUAAAGAGAUGGGAAAGAGAUCUAAUCUUUCAUCCUCAAUUUAUUCAAAAGUUGAGAUCAAUUCUAUAACCUAAAUAUGAUUAACUUAAAUAAUAAUAGGAAACUUUUAAUGCUUUAAAUUAGACAGAUGCAUCAGCAAAUAAAGUAUUAUAACAUAAUAUUUAAACAGUAUAAGUAUAGAUAUUAGUUUAUUAUAUUAGUAAAUUGAAUAAUCACAUAAAAUUUAUAAACAUCUUCAAUAAUUAGCAGAUAUUGAUAGUAAGACAUUAGAAUUUAAUUGUAAUUAUGAUAAGUUUGAUGAGAAGACUACAUCAAAUUAAGACUUAUAAAAUCUAAUUUAAGAAGGUGAAUAGUGUAGAGAGUAAUUAAUUUAAGUAAAUAAAUAAAUAUAAAUAUUAUUAGAGUAUUAUUCAUUUAUAAUAAUAUUAUAUUGAGAUGGCUGUUUAAGGAGAAAAUUUGUAAUCUGAAUUUUAUUAAGGAAUGUAAAAGAAGAUUGAUUAUUAUAAGGAAAAGAAAAAAGAGUGGUGA